CGUUGUUUAGUUUACCAGUAAAACACUUAUCGAAGAAGACAUUUCUUCAGAAAAUGUAUUAUUCGGUCGGCCGUGACUCGUGUACGUCAGAAAUGUAAUUAAUUUUCAUUGCAAAUGCCGUAAGGUGAUAUGCAAACUAAUUAGUGGUUUAGCUUUUGGUGAGAAAUAUUUAACUUCUACGAUGAAGGAAUCAAAUCGUCGAUCAAUUCUAGACGAAAAACGAUUUAAUUCAAGACAAAAGAACGUCUGCAGCCGACAGAAAGAUCACAAAUUGCUGCAUUACUACGUUGUAUGAUAACACACUAGUCACGCAUGAUUUCAUCGAUGAGAUUUAUUUUCAGACCAAAGACGGAUUGAGAGCAAGUUUAGAUUUUCACGUUUAACAAUUGUGCAAGCAACAUCAAAACUUCGAUGAUCAGUGAACCAGUGUAAUGGGAAAAUGGCUGAAAAUACUAUACGACUUGGCCAAUACGAACUUCUCAAGUAUUCUUUUGGUGCGUUCCUAACUUGUUCUGACGUAGCAACCGACAUAUUGACAGCAACAACUUAUUACCGACAGCGACAGUUUAUCUGGUUUGGCUUUUGCUUGGCGUUUGCAGUUUUGCCAUCGUUCCUAUUAACACUUGCAUACCUCUUGCAACGUUGUAAACAAGAGAGCAAGAUUGUACUGGUGGGAAAAUUUAUUUUCUUUGCCAAUCCAUGCGGAUCUGGCUUUCUGAAGAUGAAGCUUCUACUCGUUUGUUUACGGAAUUAUGACGAAGUGCGAAGCGUCCGGGGUUGGCUCGUGGACGACGAAAAACUUCGACAGGAUUACAGAGCUGAAAAAGUUUAUCACUAUGUAGAAGGCCUUUUGGAAAACAUGCCGCAAAUUAUUCUUCAGAUUUACGUGACAGUCAUUCAAGAGCAAAAAAUUUAUCCGAUACAAAUUUUCUCGAUUUGUAUUACAUUUAUAAACCUCGUUUGGGUAAUGACCUUGUUCGAGUACUGCAGCUUUGUUAAAGAGGCCACAGCAACACAUUUUUUGGCUAUGAUAUUUUACAACGUUUGCCUUAUCGCAGCUCGUGGGAUGUCAAUUGUAGCUUUCCUUGUUGCUUUCAAAUGGUUUACCUCAGCUGUCCUGGCUUUCCAUGAGUUGAUAUGCAUAACAAUUUAUGUCUAUAGAAAUCACAAAUACUUCAGCGAGAAAGAAGUUUGGUGGAUUGCUUUGCUACUUAUGCCAUGCUACGUAUUCGUUUACCUGGGAUUUAAAGUAAUGGAUCUCAAUGCCAAAUUGUUCGACAUAAAACUUGGCAGAUCCGUGAUUUCUUCAACUCUCUUUUACUCUUGUUUUACCGGUGAAAACGUUGUGAUGAUUUUGCUGUUUUACUCAUGGUCAAAGACGAACAGUGACUCGCGGUGGAAUCCGUGGAUUUUUAAAGUUAUCACAACUUCUGUCAUUGUUUUGUCUGUAGUAGGGACGGUCAUACAAAUUUUUUUCACGUUUUCAUUCUUUCACAAACCAACAAGGGUGACGCCGGAUCCUGAGCCAGAAAUUCACGGUCUAGAAUCUUAUCAGCCCAUCGAUAUCCUUGUUAACCAAUCGAAUCCACAGGUAAAACCGCGUGACUCUAGAUAUAUUCCACAGUUUGUACCAGAAUAGUAAUAAAAAUGAAAUGAAUCAAUUGCACGAUCAAAAACAGUGCUUACAUCUUGAAGAGUCCAUAGAAGGGAAAGACAUUUAAAUAUUUAUCUAUAACUUAUGUAGGUUUUUAACGUAUAUCUAACAGGAUUGUUCCUACUUCCCUCCGUUUAUCAAAAGGGGCUUCUUUUCCCACUUUACCCAUGCGCAAGUGUUCUCUCUCAUAGUCAUUUCUCAUUUCUUCAUCUUUCCUUUUUAUUCUUACGGUCAUCUACAUCCAGUAUUUAGAAGCAGACAUGAAAUUACGCUAUGGCAGUUUUACGCGAUGGCGAAGCGAAUCAUUUCGAAUUUCAAAUUUACCGCCACAAAUGCAGAAGGUUUCGAUCGGAGGAAGGUGAUACAAACCUCAACAAAUUAUUCCAUUGUGAUGAAAACGUAGAAAUUUACCGAGAAAUACGCCUCUGGUCAGUUCCUUGCAUUGGCUGCAGCUCAAGCUGUUUUGGAGUUCUGUAUGCCAUUACGGUUGAGUGACAAAUGAUCCAGAGGUACCUAAGGCACCUCUCCCUAUAUAGCGCGCCUUCGUGUUUAAGAGUGACCAGCAACAAAUUUCUCCUCACAGUAUCCCCCCUAAAUCAAACAUUAAGGAUAUGAGAAUGUAGGAAAUCAUCGCCCAUUAAAGAAGCUCGUGGUUUUCAAACAGUGGUAACAUAGGAAAUGUUUAGAGAACAGUUCUGAUGUUAUGGUGUAAAGAGUUUUAACCUUUUAAAAAAGCUCAAAACUUCGACUUGCGCCUCUGGUCUUCCUCGGGGCUGAUGCUUUAAAUGAAGGAUAUCAUUGCACUAACCUAGAAGACGCCUUAUAGCCUUGUAGACAAAACUUAAGCCCCUUGUCGUAAUUCCAGCCCAGCAGUUCAGUAGGUUUCCUUAAGAUUACAGUGACGCCAACAACGAGUGUAUUUCACAAAAAGAGAUGCUUCAACAAGUAUUAAAAUGAGUUCUACCCUGUCA